AUGAUUCUAAGCGUUCUAUUCUUCUUCUUCUUCUUCUUCUUCUUCUUCUUCUGGUUGCUUCUCUCUCUCUCUCUCUUUCUCUCUCUCUCUUUCUCUCUCUUUUCUCUCUCUCUCUCUCUCUCUCUCUCUCUCUCUUCCUGCCUCUCCAAACUUGAUGUUCAUUUCCUCUUCUUCUGCUUUAUUUUUUCCUCUUCUCCUUUCUUCUUACUUUAUUUCUCUUCUUCUUCUUCUUCUUCUUCUUCUUCUUCUUCUUCACUUUUUCUAUCUUUCUCCCUGCCACAUUCUUUCUUUCAAUUCUCUUUCAAAUCUCUAAUUUUAAUGUUCACUUCAAAUUCUAAUCCUUUCUCAUUUUCUUCUUCUUCUUCUUCUUCUUCUUCUUCUUCUUCUUCUUCUUCUUCUUCUUCUUCUUCUUCUUCUUCUUUUUACUUGUUCAUCUUCUCUCUCUUAUUCUUACUCUCUCUCUUCUUACUCUCUUUCUCUCUUCUAUUCCAACUUCUCACUUUCUCUUUUCCUCUCCCCCUGCACCAUCUCCACAUUCAUUCUCCUUCCUUUCUUUCUAUUCUCCAAGCCUUAAUAUUCACUUCCUAUUUUAAUCUCUCUCUUACAAUUAAAAGCUACACAGAAAACUCGCAUGAAUUUUAUAUUUCUGCUUUAUUUUUAUCAUUAAUUUUCUCCCGUGUCUUUUUGCACUUGCUUUUCGCUUUUUCUCGGCUUCAUUGUCUCGCUUUCUUCAUUUUUCUUUCCUCUAUUACGAUUCAUUUCCUCGUUAUUUUAAAUGAUAUAGGAAUCUAUCUAUCUAUCUAUCUAUCUAUCUAUCUGUCAUUAUCAUUCAUCUAUCUAUCGAGUGAUCGAUCGAUCGAUCUCAGUCUACUCCUAUCUAUCAAUCUAUCUAUCUAUCUAUCUAUCUCAAUCCUUUCUUAUCUAUUUAUUUAUUUAUUUAUUUAUUUAAAUUGUGUUGAACUGAAUCUCUCUCUCUCUCUCUCUAUCUAUCUAUCUAUCUAUCUAUCUAUCUAUCUCUCUCUCUCUCUCUCUCUAUCUAUCUAUCUCUCAUAA